AGGUCGAUAUACCGUGAUGUUUGUUCUCUUAGCAAAUAACACUGUCAAGCAAACCCUUAUUUGCAAAAAGGAAGCUCCUUGAAGUUGAAGAGUUUUUUGAGUUUCGUAAUCUUACCCUAUUCUCACUCUUCCAUUAUUCUUCCAGCCUCGUCUCAUCUCUCUGUACACAAACCAACAAAUAACAAAAUAAUAGAAAAUUUCUCCAAUGACUGAGCCCUCCGAGGAAGCUAAGCAAAUCGAGAAGCUUUACGAGUUCGGCGAACGACUCAACGAGGCCAAGGACAAGUCGCAGAAUGUGAAGGACUAUGAGGGGAUAAUCGAAGCUGCGAAAACGAGUAUAAAAGCGAAGCAGUUAGCGGCACAGCUAAUUCCUAGGUUUUUCAAGUUUUUUCCUGACCUCUCGGGUCGCGCCGUCGAUGCACAUCUCGAUUUGAUCGAGGAAGAAGAACUCGGGGUUCGGGUUCAAGCAAUUAGGGGUCUUCCUCUAUUCUGCAAAGAUACACCAGAGUAUCUUUCAAAGAUUGUUGACAUUCUUGUGCAACUUCUUUCGGCUGAGGAAAUUGUGGAGCGUGAUGCUGUGCAUAAAGCGCUCAUGUCCCUUUUGAGGCAAGAUGUAAAAGCUUCAUUAACUGCCUUAUUUAAGCAUGUUGGGAGUGUUGAUGAACCAAGCACAGAUGAAAUUAUUCGGGAGAAGGUUCUUAGUUUUAUAAGAGAUAAGGUUUUUCCUCUUAAAUCUGAACUCUUGAAGCCUCAGGAGGAAAUGGAAAGACAUAUAACCGAUCUGAUAAAAAAAAGUUUAGAAGAUGUAACUGGAGCAGAAUUUAGAAUGUUUAUGGACUUUUUAAAAAGUUUGAGCAUAUUUGGAGAGAAAGCUCCUCAGGAACGCAUGAAAGAGCUUAUUGGAAUCAUUGAAGGACAGGCUGAUUUAGAUGCACAAUUCAAUGUUUCAGAUGCAGACCACAUUGACAGAUUAAUAUCAUGCCUGUACAUGGCUAUGCCUUUCUUUCUGAGAGGUGCAUCGGGCAGCAAGUUUCUUAACUAUUUGAACAAACAAAUUAUACCAGUUUUUGAUAAGCUUCCUGAGGAACGAAAGCUAGAUCUUCUUAAAGCCCUUGCAGAAAUAUCGCCUUACACAACACCACAGGAUUCAAGACAGGUUCUACCUUCUGUUGUUGUUCUAUUAAAGAAGUAUAUGCCUUUGAGGAAGACUGGAGGAGAAGAAAUGAACUUUACUUAUGUCGAGUGCUUGUUGUUCUCUUUCCAUCAUAUGGCUCACAAGGCCCCCAAUGCCACUAACAGUCUAUGUGGUUACAAGAUAGUCACUGGUCAACCAUCAGACAGGCUUGGAGAGGAUUUCUCUGAGUGUUUCAAGGACUUCACUGAGAGGUUGACUACUGUUGAGGACCUAACUAGGGCAACAAUGAAGAAAUUAACUCAGGGAAUGGCUGAGCACAACAAAGCAAUGGCUGCCGCUAAAUCUGAUGAAGCUAAGGAUAACAUUAAAACUCAAAAACAGAAUACUACAACUGGGCUACGGACGUGCAAUAACAUUCUGCACAUGUCAAAGCCGUUACAUUCAAAAACACCUUCAUUUAUUGGAGAUAAGAGUGUCAACCUCUCAUGGAAAGAAGCAGUAAAGCCUUCUGUGACCUCGACAACUGCAACUGGAGGGAAACGACCUGCUGCCAGCAAUGGUUCUGGCAAUAUGGCAGCAAAAAAGGGCCGUGGAUCUGGAGGCUUGCAAAAUCAACUUGUAAAUAGAGCUUUGCAAGGAAUAUCGCAAGGUGGAAGGGGAGGUAUGAGGGGCAGGGGUAGGGGUGGUUGGGGUGGACGUGGAAGGGGAAGAGGCUAUCGGUAACUCUGAAUAAUGUCGGCAGAGGUGUAAGAACAAUGAAAAUUCGGAAGAAUAACUGUGUAACUGAAGAAUACAGAUAGAUGGGAUUUGAUUUAUUGUAAUUCUUGUCUGUUGAAACAAGUUUUGAUUGACAGAUAACCCCGUGAAUGAGUUUCUAGAUUAAUCAUGGACAAACAAA